GGGAAGGUCCGAGCUGAGACUUUUUCAACCCACCUUGUUGUAGCAAUGGAGGAGGUGGUCAUAGACAGCACUCAGGAACAUUUGAAUCGCUUGAGCCAUGAGGUGAUCUACCAACAGGGCCUAAUUGCGGCCUUGCGUCAAGAUGUGGAGAGCUGCAAGGACCAGGUCGCCGCAUUGCGCGAUUGCCUGCACAGCAAUGGUGUUGUGGACGGCAUGCGCUUCCUUGUGCACCUACAUCGACACAAAUUCGAAUCAGCAUGUGCUGCCUAUGGUCUUGGUCCACCGUUGCCCCUGGAUUUCGUAAUUGACAUCAGGGCUGUGGCUAUGGCCGUGGGCAGCUUUGCAGGAUACUCUGCCAUGCGGGCUUUGCGUGAGGUCUGUCAAUCAACAGCUCCAGCAGCUGCUGAUGCAUUGGAACGACUUUCUCCAGGCCACCUCUACCUGUGUGGUGGCUUUGAAGGACAACUGGCUUUGAGCUCUGUGGAGCGAUUGGAUCCCCACGCUGGCCAGUGGGAGGUGCUUCCUCCCAUGAUGGAAGCGCGGCAAUACACUUCCGCAGGAGUGAUUGGUGGAAAGAUCUUUGUUUGUGGCGGUUGGGCCGGGCCACAGCCUGUGCGCAGCGUCGAGUGUUACGACCCCACAGUUGAUAGGUGGUCACCGAUGCCUCCCAUGUUGGUGGCGAGGUGGGGAGCAGGUGCAGGUGUCAUCAACAAGCGGCUCUACAUUUGUGGUGGGUUGGAUGAAAGCAGGCAACCUUUGAAUUCAGUGGAGGCCUUCACUCCACCAGGAGUCUCGGUGCAAAUGCCCCACUGCACUCCACGGGAAAGACAGGCUGCAGCUGGGAACGGCAACUGGCAGGUAAUGCCUGCCAUGGCAGAGAGACGGGGCUGGCCCGCGGCCGUAUCCUUACAAGGACUUCUGUAUGUUUGUGGUGGAAGAGACGAACAACGUGAACCCCUGAGUAGUGUGGAACGCUUGAAUCAUUUCCCGAGCAUUUGGCUUCCGCUUCCGGCAAUGUCAUCCCAACGCGCAGGUGCUUCUGCUGCGGCCUGCGGAGGGAGGCUUUAUGUUUGUGGUGGCGCCUUUGGUGCUCAGAUGUUGAAUUCGGUCGAGCGCUUCGACCCAAAGGUUGGAACUUGGGAAACGUUACCUCCAAUGACGGCACGCCGCGCAUACGUGGCUGCGGCAACCAUCGCUGGCACCAUUCACGUCUUUGGCGGCAGUGAUGGGGGCCAGUGCUUGCUGUCCUCGGAACGUUUUGAUCCGACGCUGAAUACCUGGAGCCCCUUACCCGACAUGAAUGAGAGGAGAUCUGGUGCGGCCUCGGUGGCCUUGAUGAUAUGAGGAUCACCAGCCUGGCCUUCCCGAUUUCUCGACACUGAACGGUUUCACCGAAAGCAACGCGCCGCGCCGGGCGCUGAAGUUGUAUCAAUAGGAGACUCUCCAC